UGUAUAUGCACUAAUAGACGCUUUGUUGAUCGAAGCAGCCCAUCGUUGAGCAUCUUGCAUAUCGUCGCCGGCCGCCGACUGUCUUUGAGUCUCUCUAUUAUCUUAUUAAUUUUUUUUUCUUUGCCCGAGCUUCGGUAUCGACUAAUUUGGUUUCUAUUGUUCUUCUUUGAUUGUCUUUGAUUUCUUUUGACCUUUUGCUGGACAUAUUGUGGCCACUAUCUGGAAUAGUGCCCUGCGUUUUCGAAAUGGCUGAGCCAACGACAUAUACCCCCAACAACCGUCAGCCCCAAGAGCCUUCGCUGGAUCGAAGCUCAAGGCGGUGCCUUAAUCCCAUAAUAGAGGAGGAAACCGAGGAUGGCUAUGGUCAAGUUAGUGCAAAGGGGAAGCGGGUCGAUACGUCGCAUCUCAACAUCACGGCAUGGCUUUCACCGAUGAGCGACCAUUUUCCCACGCCAAGGGGAGUGCACUAUCUGGCUGCCCCGAUCCUGCCGUCCUCGCCGUCGUCGAUUUCCGGCGAUGACAGCUCCCUGACGUCCUUCUCCAACUCCAACUCAUGGAACCGCACCAGCUCACUCACGGAUGGUACCGAGUUCGAUGAGCUGUACGAUCUCUACGAUGUGUCUGACGACGAAGCUCAGCGAGGACUGCGCCGUUCAUCGUCCAUCCGGAGAUCUCGCACGACGUCCAUGGUCUUCGAACCGGUCAUUCGAGAGCCCACGCCUCUGGUCAUCCCGCCUACACGAGACGAGGGCGACGAAGGCUGGACGGCCGUCGAUGAGCUCAAGAAAAUCACCUCGCCGCUUCCGCUGACCCCAUCUGCAAACCUUCCCAUGUCGCCGGCGCAGAUGGAUUUCUUCGGCAAGCAGCAAGCUUUGGCUCUCCCGACCGUCUCUGCUCCUCCGUCUCUUGACGGGAGCCUUUCAUCGGAGCAACUCGCGACCAUGAGUUCUCCUCCGACUCCCGUGAUUGGCAACGAUGAGUCCUCCGCGGAGGCCCCCUGGACAGGUGUGCAUUUGCAGCCAGGAGCUUUAGCAACUUUACAUGCCUUGUCCGGUGGGGAUGAAGAUGAGGACUUUGAGGAGCAAGAUGACCAGGCUGUUGAGCUCAACCAGUCGCAACCCGCCCAGCAACCGGAAAUGCAACAGAGCUCACUCCGACUUGUCACCAACUUUAUGUCUCAGACAACUCGGGGAAACAGUCUCCCGUCGAGCGUUGCCCGCCAGUCCUUGGCCGGCCUUACUAGGCUCAGCAUCCCGUCUCCAGGUGGCUUCUUCUCUGGGCUGUCACCCCGAAGCAGGAACACAUGGCAUCCUCGAACCCUUUCGCCAAUCGAUGUAGUUCCGCCAACUUCUACUACAGCAGAGCAAUUCUAUCGCUGCCCCUGGAAUGCCAAUGCCAGCUCCAAUGCCUCCAUCCCUCCUGUCCCUCAGCGUGACGAGGCAGAGGACUUUUACCGAAGCGUGGGAUUGACGUCGUCCGCGCCUGUUGAGCACAUCGUAGAGGUUCCAGUCGAUGUGGUUGACGAAGAUGAUUUGCCCACUGCGAGGCCUAUCGUCCAUGUUCAGACCAGUGGCCACGGAAGCGAGGCUGUCAAGUCUCCUUCUUCGCCGGAGGCCGAGGUCAUUCCAACAGAGAUUGUCGAAGAUUACGAUCCCAGCUAUGCUCGGAAGCAACAGCUAGAGGCGCUGUCAAACCUGGAUCGCACUGAGCUGUGGCUUGUUGCACAGCGAGCAUACCUCAAGGGCGUUGACGACGUUGAGGCUACUGGCGCUUUGGAGACAAUUGAGGAAGACUUGGAUGAGGAAGAGGAAGACCAGGCCAAGUCUGUGGCCCAGGUCGAGUUCGCAUCUGGACAAAAACAAGGCCAGAAGGAUGUUACGGCAAAGAAAACAGUCCGGUUUUCCAACAUCAUCACCACCACUGUGAUAGCCAAGAGCCUCCCGUCGAAGCUCCUCCGCAAGGAGUCGGCGUACUACAGGGCCUUCCAGGAUUACAUUGUCCGCACUCAGCUCAGCGAUGUGUUUAUUUUCCAGCUCGCUCGCUUCGAGGCCCUUCAAGCGCAGAGGGUCGCGCUUCGCACCUCUCAUCACAGCCAACUGCUGGGAAAAUACCAGCUCAGCGUCGUCCCUCAGUCUGCAAAGAAGCGCCUCAGCGCCAAUGUCGUCCGCGGCGACGACAUCCUGGUUGACGACCCCGAAACCCUGCGAAAGGAGAAGGAGGCCGAGGCAAUGAAGCAAAUGACCAUGGCUGCCUGGCAUGUGGCGGCAGUCAAGUUUCUCAACGGUGGAAAGCUCAUUUCUGCACCCGUGACCAAGCGCUUGGCUCGACUCUCCCGAAUGGGCUCCGGAAAAGAUGGAGUUGGCCGUGACAGGGCCCGGAUCUUGGAUCUUGGUGGCCAGUCGAGCUGCGAUUGGGCGUGGCACUGCGCCCUCCUUUAUCCCAACACCAAGGUCUACACGGUCACCACCAAGGCGGUCCGCCAGCUCUCCAACUCCAACAUCCGAGGCCCGCCCAACCACCGUCAAGUCGCUGUUGACAGGCUCACGAAGCUUCCCUUUGCAGACAACCAGUUCGACCUGAUUUCCGCCCGCGAGCUCCACGGUUUACUCAAGUUCAUCGGAGAGAACGGCGAGGACGAGUGGGAGAGCUGCCUCAAGGAGUGCAUGCGAGUCUUGAAGCCUGGCGGCUAUCUUGAAUUCUCCCUGCUGGACUCGGACAUCAUGAACGCCGGGCCUUUGGGCCUCGCUAAGAGCGUGGAGUUUGGGUUCACCCUCAAGACUCUCGGCUAUGAUCCCAGCCCUACUAAGCUGUGGCUGAGCCGGCUUGCUCGUGCUGGUUUCUGCAAUGUUCGUCGCGGCUGGCUAUGUCUCCCCGUGGGAGCCAAGCCGGCGGUCAAGCCUCCGACUCCUCCCAAGGACGGCCCAUCCGGAGCAGAUGUCAAGGUCUGCCAGAUGGACGCCAUGGUCAUGGGGAGCACCGACGACAUCGCCAGCGUCUGCAGCAUCGCUGGCGGCUGGAGCUGGGAGAGGUGGCUUCUCCGGUGCGAGAUGGAGAAGGUGGCGGGUGAGCUGAGACUCGCAGACACCGUGACUGCUAGCCCUGCCAUCAAGGAGGCGGGCAAGUGUCUGGAGGGUGUCCACGCUGUGAUGGAGGAGGGACGCAACUGCAGAGCGGGCUUCCGGAUGCUCAACGGGUAUGCCAGGAAGCCGCUGAUGGCUGCGGCAUAACGGCCGCGGCGCUGUGAAGCUUUUGGUGUGAAGAUUCGAAGAGCCAGGACGGUCGUUAUUCGUUUGUUUCUUUUGUCGGCUUAGCCACGGUUGUCCUUUGUUCUGGGGGGGUUAUGAUUUAAUGCAGACGGUUUUGGUCCCUGGAUGGACAUUGUGAGCCGUGAAAUGGCAGAGGUGUCUUGACGUCCUGCUAGGACAGGGCAGAGACUGAGGUUGGAGUUGUCACUUUGGGGGUUUGGAUUGAGGAGCGAAUGAUGACGAUGGUGGCACAGAAUUCAUACCAUGGCAUAUACCCAGAUUAUAUCACUUACUA